AUGAAACCAACAACAACAACUGCUGUUUCAUUGUCUGUUGAUGAUUCAAAUUCAAUAGAUUUAGACGAUAAUGGCAAUAAUAGUGUAGAUUUAUCUACAACAAAUAAUAACAAUAAUAAUAAUAGCAUCAACAACAAUGAUGAUUCAAAUUCAAAGGUUAAAGUUGAGCAAAUGAAAACAACACCCAGGAAAUCACUUUCUUCUAGGAGAAAAGUCAUUUGUUUAGAUCAUCAAGAGCCUAUUAAGAUUGAAAAUGAUGAUAUAUUACAGCCAUCACCAAAUUUGGACACACCAAUAGCAAUAACAACUAAAACAACAGCAGCAGCAAAUGACAUUUCGCCUAAAACCACAACUCCUUUAAAAAAAGAAAAGCUAAAUAAUGGCAACAACAACAAAAAAAAUAAAGAUACAAAUGUUUAUUCUGUAGAUCAAGACGAUUGCAUUAAUGUAGAGAAACAACAACAGCCACAAACAAAUGAAAUUCAUUCAAUUCCAGACUCACCGAUGUUAAUUGGUGAGGAUGAUGUAAUAGAGGAUCUUGAUAAUAAUAAUAAUUGUAAUACUCAUCAUAUUAGUAAUGGUAGUGGUAAUGGUAAUAAAAAGGUUAAAGAAGAGAUUAUAGAUGACGAUGAAGUGCAUGUUAGUAAUAGCAAAAAUAGUAACAACAACAAUAAUAAUAAUAAUAAUCAUAGUGGUGAAAUGCAUAAUAAUAAUAAUAACAAUAAUAAUAAAAAUAAUAAUAAUAGCAAUGAUGUUGAAGAGAUUGAAGAUAAAUAUGACGAUAGGGAACCUAAAUCAGUUUAUUGUAUAUGUAAAAAAGGAGAGAGUGAUUUCAUGAUUGCUUGUGAUCAUUGUGAUGAAUGGUUUCAUGGUGAAUGUGUUGGUAUAUCAGAGAAUGAAGCAGAGAGUAUCGAGAGUUAUGUUUGUGACAAAUGCAAAUCAGAGGGUAAAACUAUCAAACAGGCAGUCAACUCUCUCAAGCACUUGGAGAUUUCAUCUGUAAACAAGAGAGUAUUCGACGAUGAUGAAGAUGAAGAAUCAGCAACUUCUACAACUACAACCACAACCACAACCACAGCAUCUACAAACAAUGUAAAGAAAGAAAAGGUGAAGAAAGAGAAAGUAGAGAAAGACGAUAGAGUAAAAGUAAAGAAGGAGAAGAAAGAGAAAAAGAUUAAAAGAGAAAUGGACUAUGAACAACAACAGCAAACUCAAGAGGAAGAGGAACUAGAGGGAAUUGUAUCGUCGACUGGUGUCGAGUUGGAUUUCAAUGAGGUGGAGGAAGUAGAUACUCGUUCAGAGAUUAUGAAAAGAAUUGCCGCUAAACAAGCAGCUUUUAGAUCAUCAUAUUCAAAUUUGAAAAUAGAACCAAACAGUGAUAAUAAUAAUAAUGAUAGUAACAACAAUAACAAUAACAAUAAUAAUAAUAAUAAUAAUAAUAAUAAUAAUAAUAAUAAUAAUAAUAAUAAUAAUAAUAAUAAUAAUAAUAAUAAUAAUAAUAAUAAUAACAAUAACAUAUCAACAGGAAAGAUAAAACAAGAAAUAAAUACAAGUGGUCUAUCAAAUGAAGAAUGGGAGGAAUCCUUAAAGAAAGUGGUACCGGAUAUGCCAACUUGGAAAGUUAAAUCGUUGCGUUCCAAAUCCAAUGGUGAUCUUGCAGCUGCCAUUAAAAUGGGUAAAGAAUAUAUAGAACAAGUGAGAUCAACACCUACAAAACCAAAGAGAGAACCAGGUUCCUCUCAGAAUAUUAAUAGUUCACCAACAAGAAAUGAAGAGGCAGUUGAAGUCAAACCAGAGGAAACUGCUAAUGAUAAAGAAGAAAAGACAUGGUUCAACGAUCCUCAACUCUACAGAAAACAUGAACAGGUACACGAUGGUGUCAUCGAGUCGAAACAUUGGCACAAACGACUAGUGGUUUUCAGCAAUCAACCAGUGACUCUUGCACAUAAUAACGUACUAAAUGAUACACCUGUUUACUUUACUAAAUCUGGACUAUACGAUGAUCAUCCACCUCAUUCUAUUUUAAUGUUUACUCGUAAAGAUAAUGUUUUUCUUGGAUAUUUAAAUAUGGGUAAUGGUAUUGAUGAACGUACUGAAUUGCGACCAAUUGUUUUACCGUUGUUGAGAAAUGGAUAUAUUAGAAUGAUUGGAACGUUGAAGCUGAUUGGCUAUCAAUCGAAUACCGUCGCUGCUUUGGCAGAGGUAGAAGCGUAUCUCUCCUAUCGAUCUCAGAUCAAUCCAACCAAAGACAGAACGAUUCCAACGACCGAUGAAGAUUUCUUGUUUACCGCACGUAUUCAUGUGCUGUAUGAUUUCUUCCAUGUCUGUGGUUUCAAAGAGAGCAAUCUCACUGAGAAUCCACUGGCAUUGAAAGAACCAGAGACUCUGAAUGAUUUGGAUUUCGUGCGUGACAAUCUCCUAACGGCGGAUCCACAUCGAUUCAUCGAUGCCACGCUGAAGCCGCAUCAGCGCGAGGGAUUGUGGUGGAUGACGCAUCGUGAGCGUAAUCCAGAGGUGACGUUCAACGCCACGCUCAAUACCUAUUGGAAGCGAUUCAUGUUCCUCGAUAACACACCGUUCUACUACAACACCUACAGCGAUAAGAUCAGUCUGUUCGCACCGGUAACAGAGAAUAGUAUUUCCGGUGGUUUGCUUUGCGAUGACAUGGGACUUGGAAAGACACUGACUAGCAUCUGUCUGAUCAUGGCGAAUCAUCCUAAAUACAGUUCACAUCCACAGCACCAAGAAAUCGGUAGAGCUGUCAAGCGACAAUACGGUCUGAGAAUACUACCGAAAACAACAUUGGUCAUUUGUCCACCUAAUAUCAUCUCCAACUGGGAGAAUGAACUGAAUAAGUUUGUCAAGAAAGAAUCCAGACUCAAAGUGUACGUCUACAAUGGUCCCCACAGAAAGAAACACAUUCUUGAUUUUGAGAACUAUGAUAUUGUCAUUACUUCUCAUGUUAUUUUCGGUUUGGAUUACAAAGCAUUUGAAAAAGGAAAUGCUAAAACUGCACCGUUGAAUCAAUCACAUUGGUGGAGAGUCAUUAUCGACGAAGCACAGGUUUGUAAGACGAAAACACUGAUAUUCAAGGCAACUCAAACACUGAGAGCAAUCAAUCGUUGGUGUCUCUCGGGUACACCCGUACAGAACUAUGUGGAGGAGAUGUUCCCACAUCUCAAUUUCCUGGGUGUUCAUCCUGUGGCCACCGAUAUUAAAGCGUGGCGUAAAUACAUUGAACGACCAAAAGAUGUUCCUCUACUGAGAUCCACUCUCAAGCCGAUCCUGCUUCGUCGUACCAAAGAGAACGUUGGAAUCGAUCUGCCACCAAAGACCGUCGAGAUUGUUAGACUGAAUUUCUCGCCAGAAGAAGAGGAAUACUAUGAAAUCGUUUUCCAAGAGGCAUCCGAUCUGUUCACACGUCUCCUCAGACAAGGAAUUGUACUUAAAAAUUAUGGUUGUGUACUUGCACAACUUUUAAGAUUACGUCAAUGUUGUGAUCAUCGUUCUUUAUUAUUUCAAAAAAAAGAGAAUCUUGAUGAAAAUUAUGAAAUGUGUAUGAUAUGUGAAGAUAUUCCAGCUUAUCCAAUUAGAAAUAAGACAUGUGAACAUGUAUUCUGUUAUGAUUGUGUCACUAAUCUUGUUGAGCAAGAGAGAGAACUUGGUAAUGAUCAUCCUAAAUGUCCAAACUGUGAUUUCAAUGGUGAUAUUCAAUUGAAUAGCCAAGAGCUUAUGGAAGUACAAGGAAUGAAGGCAGAAGACGCCAGACACACUGGUACCAAUCGUGUUGCACGAAAUAAGAAAUCCGCUGGAAAUGUGAAAUCAGAACAACCAGACGUUAUGGUUCCAUCAACUAAAUUAACAUUACUAAUGGAACAGAUCAAUGAAACAUUAUCAAAGGAAAAAGGAGCAAAGAUUGUAAUUUUCUCACAGUGGACAACAAUGUUGGAUAGAAUCGAAGAGAUCUUUGUCGAGAAUAGAUGGAGUGAAUCAGGAAAAUAUGAGAGAUUCGAUGGUAAAAUGUCAGCAAAACAAAAGAAAGCUGCAUUAGAGAAUUUCCAAAUGGAGGGUGGACCUGUUGUAAUGUUGAUUUCACUUAAAGCCGGUGGUGUAGGUAUAAAUUUAACGAGGGCAAACAAAGUAUUCUUGGUUGAUCCUUGGUGGAAUGUCGCUGCAGAGAAUCAAGCUAUCGAUCGUCUACAUAGAAUCGGUCAAACCAAACCUGUUACUGUUAAAAAACUAAUUAUCACUAGAUCAAUUGAAGAAAGAAUUCUAGAGCUACAAGAAACCAAAGAAGUCAUGACUCAAGCUAUUUUAGAUGAUAACUAUGACCCAAGCAAAGAGAUCAGAAAAUACAAUCUGAGUGUUGAAGAUUUGAAGAAGUUGUUUAAAGGUUUCGAUUAA